AAUGCAUUUUCUGACAGAUAAAUGAAUAAUCAACUAACCUGUUGAAAUCAAUAGUUCAUUUCAUUUUAAUUAAAUUGUUACUCAACCAAUUAUUCCAUAUGUCCCGUAUAUUUUUACAAUAAAAUUGACCGUAACUUGCAAAACAAAAAAAUUGGAAUUUAUUAUUACUCUACGUGAAAGUUACUAACAUUUAUUCACUCAUUACUAUUGUGAAUACAUAAUUAUGUCAUCGGGAUAUCGUUUAGUUGCACUAUUGCUAUUUGUUACAUUAUGGAUUUAUAUUAUUUAUGAAAUAAAACAUUCAUCAAUGAUUAUACUGGGUGGAGAAUUUGAUCCAGUUUGUAAAUAUAAAAUGAAGCCAAUGUAUCAACCUUAUUAUGAUUUUCAUAAUGAUACUAUACAUAUUGCUAUGCUAUUAGCUGAUGGUAUUGACAAUUGUUAUCAAGCUGAAACACAAAUUAAAUCAAUUUUAUUCCAUCAAAAAAGAUGGUAUCCAUCUAAAGAUGAUUGUUGUCAUUUUAAACAUUUCACACAUAUUAAUUCAAAUUGGUUAACAGCAAUUGAUCGUGUUCAAUCAUUUAAUGAAGCUAAACGUCAACGAUUUCCGAUUGUAUUUCAUCUUAUUGUUGAUCAAUUAACAUAUGAAUUUAUGAAUAGAUUAAUGUCUGAUUGGGGAUUAGAUGGGAUCAGUGUACAAUUUUAUCCAAUUAAAAACUAUGAAGCACAGGUCAAAUCAUUUAAAUCUGGACAUUACUCUGGACAUAAAAGUUAUCUCAAAUUAUUAAUUACACAAAUUUUACCUACUGAAAUCAAGAAAGUUAUUGUACUGGAUGCAGAUAUAUUAUUGAAUGAUGACAUAUCAAAUCUAUGGAGCAUAUUUGACGAAUUCAGCAAGGAUCAAUGUAUCGGUAUUGCCGCGGAACAGAAUCCAACUUUCUACAGCAAUAUGGGAAAAAGGUUUUGGCCAGCAUUGGGUUACGGUUAUAAUGCUGGUAUUUUAUUAAUUCAUUUAACUAAAUUACGAGCAAGAGGUUGGGAUGAAAUUUGGAUGAAAACUGCAUUCAAUUUAAUGAGAGAAAAACGCAUUUUACCAACUGGUGAACAAGAUGUUAUUAACGCUGUAUUGAAUCGAAAUAAACGUUGGUUAUACGAGAUACCUUGUAAAUGGAAUAUUCAACUAAGUGCAUUUUCAAUACGUGAACGUUGUCCAGUUGUAUGGGAAUUUUUACUGAAUAGGGAUGAUGAUGAUGAUAAUAAUAAUGAUAAUAAUAAUUACAUACGAAAAAAAACACUACGUGACGAUAUUGUAUUACAAUAUCCAAAUGCUAAAUUAAUACAUUUUAAUGCACAUGUAAAACCAGAGUACUUUUUUCCUACUCCAUUAAGAUUUCCAUUACCUUUUGAUAAAUCCGAUGAAUAUCAUUCAACUAUUCAAUUAUCGAGGAAAUAUUUUCAAUUGUAUUAUCAUUUACGAAGUAUGAGUCGAUAUUGUUUCCUGUAAAAAAAGAAUGAUCGAAAAACACCCGCUUAUUAUUAUUAUUGAAAACUGUAUAUUUUCUAGAAUUUUUUCUUUCAGUAUUGUAGUUUCAUAUCGGUUUUUCAAGUUUUCUACUUUGAUUAAGUAAAAUAAAUUAAAACAUUGAAGUGAACAACUAC